UUCUUUCCUUCGGCUUUGUCAUGACAGCAUUUGCGUUGUACUAUGAUCUGCCUCGUUUCAAAAUCUUAUUACAUCGGAAAGUAAUCACACCGCGAAAUCCCGUCCGCCACCGAAGCCGAUGACGCUCGUAUGGUUCGAAUCAAUGCCCUGUUCCGCCGGUCGCGCUCUUCACGCUCCUUGCUCGAACGCAUUGCUCCGACGCGGCAGCUGUCGAGGUCGAAGGUAAUGCCUCGUUCCUUGCCGCUACUUCAUCACCGCGAGAGUCCACACGGCAUCAUAAUCUGCGCCCGUCAUGUGUUUGCUCAGUGUCUCCACUGGAGCUCAAGCAGCUUGGGCUCGAAGCAAGUGGGUGGUCGCUGGGCCAGUCACGGGCACGAGCCGUCGCUCCUCGAAGGGUCUUCGAGUGUCGGGUCUUUAUCGUUGAAAGGCGGCGAGAAGCUCCAUGCGGGGACGUUAAUGACGUGUCCGUUCGCUUCGAGUGAGCGAAUUCUGGAUAUUGGUCUCUCGGGUCGUGACAUUGAUGGUGCUCGUAAGGUCUUUGAUGAUAUGCUCGUGAGAAGCGCGUCCUCGUGGAAUAUGAUGAUAUCUGCUUGUGUUGCCAAGAGGCUGAGUGGUGAAGCAGUGGGUCUAUUUUGUCGGAUGACAGCUGAAAGUAUUCGUCCUGAUGAGAACACAUUCGCUUUGGUUUUGAGAGCCUGCUCCGGGAAUAGAAUUGCCCUCCAUUUUGUCAAAGAGAUCCAUGGUAAAAUUGUGUGUCAUGGUUUUGGGACUAGCCCGUUGGUGUGUAAUCCGCUAAUCGAUCUGUAUUCCAAAAAUGGGUUCAUUGAUGACGCCGAGAGGGUUUUUGAAAUGCUGCGCUCUAGGGACAGCGUUUCUUGGGUCGCGAUGAUUUCUGGCUUUUCUCAAAAUGGUCGCGAGAGAGAAGCUCUUCUUUUAUUCUGUUGGAUGCAUAAUGAUGCAGUUCGGCCGACGCCGUAUCUUCUCUCCAGUACGCUGAGUGCCUGCACAAAGAUCGAGCUGUUCAAGCUUGGAGAGCAGGUCCAUGGUCUCAUUUUAAGGUGGGGAUUCUCCGCUCAAAUUUGCGUAUGCAAUGCUCUCUUAACAUUGUACUGCCGAGCAGAAGAUUGGAUAUCUGCUGAGCUGAUAUUUAGUGGGAUGGAAUUUAGAGAUGGUGUGUCAUAUAACUCGCUUAUAGCUGGGCUUGCUCAACAUGGACUUUGCGAUGAGGCUGUAAAGUUAUUUGAUAGUAUGCUGGCUGAUUGCUUGAAACCAAACCAUGUUACUGUAGCAACCCUCCUGAGUGCUUCUGCUGAUGCAGGGUAUCUCCAGAUGGGAAAACAACUUCACUCAUAUGCAGAAAAAACGGGAAUUCUGUCCAACGUUGUUAUUGAAGGUUCACUGCUUGAUCUGUAUGUGAAAUGCUCUGACAUAAAAACUGCACAUAAAUGGUUUCUCUCAACUAAUAGACAGAACGUGGUCUUAUGGAAUCUGAUGCUUGUUGCUUUUGGUCAGUCAGGCAAUUUGACCGAGUUGCUUGAGAUACUUAGAAAGAUGCAGAUCGAAGGCAUUGUGCCCAAUCAAUAUACAUACCCAAGCAUACUUAAAACCUGCAUUUCUUUAGGAACUCUCUAUCAAGGUGAACAGAUACACUCUCAUGCCAUCAAGAGUGGAUUUCAGCAUAAUGUGUAUGUCUGCAGCGUGCUAUUAGAGUUGUACGCCAAAUGUGGAAAGUUAGAUACUGCUCGAAAUAUACUUAGUAGACUUACUGAAGAAGAUGUUGUCUCUUGGACGACAAUGAUUGCGGGGUAUGUACAGCAUGAUUUAUUUACUGAAGCUUUACAACUUUUCAAAGAAAUGCAGAACCGAGGCAUCCAAUUAGAUAAUAUCGGGUUAUCAAGUGCCAUCACUGCAAGUGCUGGUAUCCCAGCACUCAAUGAAGGACGCCAGAUACAUGCUCAAUGCUGGGUCUCUGGUUUCUCACUCGAUCUUUCGAUUGGAAAUGCACUUCUUAGUCUUUACAGUAGAUGUGGUAGAAUAAAAGAAGCAUAUUCAGUAUUUGAGAAGGUUGAUGUUGACGAUAAUGUAUCAUGGAAUGCACUGAUAUCUGGGUUUGGACAGAGUGGUUGUCAUGAGGAGGCACUGCAGGUUUUCACUCGGAUGAAUAAAGCUGGAGUUGAAGCUAACUUGUACACCUUUUGCUCUGCUGUAAAAGCUGCUGCUAGCACAGCAAAUAUGAUAUUCGGGAGGCAGAUUCAUGCUGCAAUGAUAACAACAGGUUAUUAUUCCAAAACUGAGGCUUCCAAUGUCUUGAUCACAUUGUAUGCUAAAUGUGGCAGCAUCUGCGAUGCCAAAAGGGAAUUUGAUGACAUGCCUGAAAAAAGUGAAGUUUCUUGGAAUGCCAUGAUAAAUGGUUAUUCCCAGCAUGGCUAUGGUGUGGAAGCAGUGGAUUUGUUCGAUAAGAUGAUGCGGCAAGGAAUGACACCAAAUUCCAUUACCUUUGUGGGAGCUUUGUCAGCCUGCAGCCAUGUUGGAUUGGUAGAAAAAGGACUCAAUUAUUUCGAGUCUAUGAAUGUAGACUUUUGUUUGGUGCCCGAACCUGAACAUUAUGUCUGCAUUGUGGAUCUUCUUGGUCGUGCAGGCCAUCUGAGGCGUGCCAAGAAGUUUGCGGAGGAGAUGCCAAUAGAACCAGAUGCCAUGAUUUGGAGGACUUUAUUAAGUGCAUGCACAAUUCAUAAAAAUGUGGAAAUUGGUGAAUUUGCUGCCCGCCAUCUUCAAGGGAUGGAACCGGAAGAUUCAGCUGCUUAUGUUCUCCUAUCAAAUAUGUAUGCAUUAACUGGAAAAUGGGAUCUCAGAGAUUCAACGAGGCGAGUGAUGAAAGAGAGAGGUGUGAAGAAAGAACCAGGUCGUAGCUGGAUAGAGGUCAAGAACUCGGUCCAUGCCUUCUAUGCGGGUGAUAGACUACACCCAUUGACAGAUGAGAUAUACAAAAACCUUGGAGAUCUGAAUUCACGGGCAGCAGAAAUUGGUUAUGUGGAAAAACAAUUGAGCCUGUGGAGUGAUGCUGAGCAAGGACAAAAGGACCCUAUGAGAUUUGUUCACAGUGAGAAACUGGCCAUUGCUUUUGGUCUUCUUAGCUUGCCUGAGUUAAUCCCAGUUCGGGUAAUAAAAAAUAUUCGUAUCUGUGAUGACUGUCACAAUUGGAUCAAAUUUGUCUCAAAGAUAUCGAGCCGAAGUAUCAUUGUUCGAGACGCGUAUCGCUUUCAUCACUUCAAUGGCGGUCUUUGUUCAUGUAGAGACUAUUGGUAAUGAAUGAAAGCAAAAAGUCAAUCAGGAAAAUGACUGAUUCAGGGGAACGGUAUUGCAUUGUAACUCUUCGAGAUGAGAGGCACUUUCCCAGCCUUUUGGUUGGGAUUUUGAGCUGCAGAAAUGUUGCUUCUCCUCCCGAUCAUCUGUCUCAAGAGGAUUUAGCUCACAAUCACCCUUUUUCACGUAACGACUCCAAAUUGCCUUGGUGAGAGAGGAAAUUAUUAAAUGCAUUUUCCCUCUCUCAGCACAGUCUGUACACCUUGACAUGCUCUGGCUGUAACAACAGCUGUUUUCACUCUGAUAAUCUGAUACUACAACUAAACUAUGGCAGGAGAAAUUACCAGGUAACUUUCAACAUCCUCUUGUGCUAUUUACUUUGCUCUUGUUAUCCAGCUCCAUUCAUGGUGCAACAGGGCUUGUUGGGAAUUGCUGUACUGUUCAAAUCUAACAGAUUAUAGCAUCCCAAUGUCGCUUUUCAUAUUUUCUCAAUUCUAUUGUUUUACUCAAGCAUAUAAGUGCAUCCUGGCUCAGCAAACCCUUUUCAGUCCCAAAAGGUCGUUGUUGAUGGUGAUAUGGUGAUGAUUUGGGAAUGGCUGCCAUCUUUCUCCCAAGUCAGAAAUCUAUAUAGUUCCUAAUCCUUGAACCCGUGCAAGCUUGGUAGAUAGAAUUUAGAAAUUAUGUCUUUGCCAUAUACAGAAGUGAUGAGGCGGGGUUGCCAUAUUCGGCAGAUAUCCUAUGACACAUUCUUCUUCUGUAUAAAGUGGUGGCUAAAUGGUUUAAUGCGUGAAGGCGGAAGGGAACUGUUGGGUUAGCCUUGGCAAGAUUAAUGCUUCUAGGAUGUGUCACUUCUGCAACCUCCAUGGAUGUCCUGAAGUGAAAGGUAAUGAGCAGCAGCAGCAGCUACGGAGGUAGAGUAUGCCAACUGAAUCCUUUCUGGUUAAAAGCUAAUGUAAGUUUCAUGUGCAUCGCUUGGCAUGUGGAGGUUAUUCUGGGGAGUGAUCAAUGCCGACUUCUUCCAUUCGUUCUAAUAAAAGAAAAGCAGAAGAAAAGAGAACCUCAUAAAAGAAUCACGAGGAGAGAGCUUUUGUGGGCGGAAAAGAAGGCGAUUCGUGAGAUUAGGAGUGUAUCUGCCCAUGCCGUGUAUCUAUUCCAUAUGAAUUGCUCAAAAUGUCCAAAGAGCAGGUCUUUGCAACUUUCCAUUCUCCGAAAGCAGAUGCAGAGGCGGGAGUAAUGGCAGCAGAGACAACAUUGUUUCCUACAGACCCGUAAACAGGUUCUCAUGUAUUGUCUUCGCCUCUUCCACUGCAUAUGAGAAAAUCACUUGAGGUGCACUGUACAUGGUUCGAGCAGUACAAGAUUGCUUGCUUACACUAUCUCAAUAUAACAUGACCAGUCAGUCAAUCAUGUCAA